GCUAACCUAGCUAAUGUUGAAUUGUUCUCAGUUAGUGUAGUUAUCUUGACUAGUUUUUGGUUAGUUAAUGUGAACCAGUGUAAGUGUGUUUAUAUAGCAAGCAGGGCAGUUAGCAUUAAGGCUAGGAUGAUUUUUUGACUGUAAGAAAGCAUUUAGUUGGAGUUAACUAACUAACUAGCUAGAUAAUGUUGACUUGUCCUCAGUUAGUGUAGUUAGCAUUAGCUACCUUGAUUGACUAGUUUUUGGUCAGUUAAUCUGGAGCAGUCUGUAUAGCAGACAGUAAGCAUUAAAGCUAGGAUGUCUGUUAAGAGUAAGAGAGCUUUUAUAUAGUUUUAUUUAGCUAUUGUUGAACUUUCCUUAAUUUGUGUGGUUAAGUUAACUUAAUUGUUUUUAAGUUUUUUUUCAUAAGGACCAGUCUGUAUAUAUGGUAAUCAGUUAACUUUAAAGCUAGAUGGUUUGUUUUUUUAUUGUUUGUGUUGUUGACCUGUCCAUUUUAUCUUGACUAGUUAGUUUAACUAGUUAAGUCGGUAAUUUGCAAUACUGCUAGGAGGAUUGUUGACUGCUAGCCUUAGCUAAUGUUGCUAAGUUUACUACUUAACUAUUUUUGUCCUCAGUUAGCGUAGUUAGUGUUAGCCAUCUUGACUAGUUUUUGUUCAAUUAAUCUAGAGCAGUCUAUAUAUCAGUCAGUUAACAUUAAGGCUAGUCUUAAUGUUUUAGCUUUAUAUAGUAAUUAGUAAGUUAGUGUUGACCUGUCCUUAGUUAGUGUACCUUAACUAAGUUUUAGCUGUUUAUUCUGGACCAGUCUAAAUAUGGUAAGCAGUUAGCAUUAAUGCUAGAAGGUUUGUUUUAUUAAUUGUAUUAUUGUUGUGUUGUCCUCUGGUCAGUGUAUCUUGACUAGCUAACUAAUUAGGAUAAAUUUGAAAGCUUUUAAAGCAGUAAGAAAAUGUUUAGUUAGCUAGUUUGAGUUAGUUAGUUAGUUAACCUAUUGUUAUCCUUGGUUAGCAAUAUUUAGUGGAAUAAUCCUGGUUUUUAAUCACAGUUUUCAUGCAUUUUGGCAUGUUCUCAGUUCCCAGUCUUUCACACUGUUUUUGAAUAACUUUAUGCUACUCCUGGUGCAAAGAUUCAAGCAGUUUAGCUUUGUUAAAUGGCUUGUGAUCACCCGUCUUCCUCUUGAUUAUAUUCAAGAGGUUUUCAAUUUGGUUAAAUCAAAGAAACUCAUCCUUAUUUAAGUGGUCUCUUACAUUUUUCCAGACCUGUAUGUUAAACAGAAGUAAGAACGCUUUUAGCUAGUUUGAAUUAGUUAGUAGCUUUCUAGUUGGCUUAUGUUGUCCUCGAUUAGCAUUAAGGUUAGGAGGUUUGUUGACGCCAAGAAAGCUUUUAGUUUGAGCAAGCUAAUGGUGUCUUCCUCAGUUGAAUAUUUUUAGUUUAGUUAGUUAAUCUGUAACGUUACCAGUGUGUAUACUUAACAAGCAGAUAGGUUAGCAUUAAGGCUAGUAAGUAUGUUUACCGUAAGAAAGCUUUUAGUUUGAGUUAGUUAGCUAUGUUAGCUAGCUGCCUUAUGUUGAGUAGUCAUCAGAUCUAAUAGUUAGCAUUAGCUGUCUUGACUAGUUUUUGGUCAGUUAAUCUGGGAAAGUUUAUAUAGCACACAGUUAGCAUUAAGGCUAGGAGGUCUGUGGACAGAAAGCUUUUAUUUUGCAUUAGCUAAGCUAGUUAAAGUAGACCUCCAUUGGCCUCACUUAGUGUAUCUAGACUAGACCUAGGAUAGUCAGUCUUGACCAGUCUGCAGUUAGUUAGUCUUGACUAGUUUGUGGUAUAUGGGAAAUCAUGUAUCUAGCUAGUGUUUUUCUCCUCGGGCAGUAGCUUUAGGUGAACUGUAUGCAGUCCCAGAGGCAGAGCGUUCAGAUAGUUAGCUAACCUUGACUAGACUGUAUUCAAAGCCAGUCUCAAGGACAGCUGUCUAGCUGACUCAUUUAAGGCACAAAAUGAAUCUGUGACACUGUUUAGCUGUGUUUUAGUGUUUGAACUGUGUGCUUAGGGAUGAUGCUUUUGCUAGUUUCAUUGUAUGGGGGAAUAAGCUGAUACCUGUGCUAUGAGCUCUAUGGAUCCUCCGAUGUGGAGCCUUAUGAAGCAUUGCUGCUCGUGUGUUGGAGUACUGGCGUUUAAAGGGUCGAUAGGUCGGUUGCUGGAUCUGCAUGUUUGCUAACCAUCCACGAACACACACAACAGACAAACUUGGGUGACAUGAGGAACUAGUCGCUGCCAGUGCGUGUGCAGAAGAUUCUAUAGUGAACUUGUGGAAGUCAGGAUUGGAGUAAAGGUGAUGAAAAGCUGCUCCAAGCUGUGGAGCAAGACGAGCCCGAGAAGGUGGCUGCUCUAAUAUUGAAGAAAGGACUGUGUCCAUCCAAGCUAGACACAGAGGGCAAGUCUGCCUUUCAUCUGUGUGCUUCACGAGGCCGUAUGGACUGUCUGGAAGUCAUUCUUGCCCAUGGUGUGGACAUCAACCUCAUGGAUGGUAUGGGAUUUAAUGCCCUCCACCUCGCUGCAAAGAAUGGACAGCCUGAAUGUCUGAAGAGAUUACUGCAGGAGAGGAUACCUGUUGAUUCAACAGACAGUUUUGGGCGAACCUCCUUGCACCAUGCUGCUGUGAGUGGAUGCCUGUCCUGCACUGAGACAUUAUGGGACUUUAAAGCUAACCUUGAUGUCCAAGAUGGUGAUGGCGCAACUCCACUAAUUCUUGGGGCUCAGAUGAGCAGAAAUGAGCUAUGUAACUUUUUACUGGAUAGAGGCGCUAAUCCCAACAUACAGGACAGCCAGGGCAGGUCUGCUCUAAUGCUAGCCAGCGAGAGCGACAGCCUGGAGACUGUGGAAGUGCUGCUGAAGGGUGGAGCCGACCCGCAACUCGCAGACGCCCUAGGCCAUGAUGCUACGCACUACAGUGUUACCGCGGGCAACCGGCGCAUUACCCAGCUGUUACAGCCAGGAGGUGGAGACGCAGCUGCUGAGGGAGCAAGUGAGGAGCAACCCCCCGCUCCCCCACCCCUGCCAGGGGGAAGCACACCCCGCAAGAGGAAAGCCCCCCCUCCUCCAAAGUCCCCCCGACAGGGCACGGCCCCUUCCCCAGGACCGCCUCCCCCUGGCCCCACUCAAUCUCCAGCUCCAGAGACCUCUGCCCCUCCAUCCCCAGCCCCCAGGACUCAGAACUCAUCCUCAGACAAUCUUGCUGAGGAUGAGGAGGUGUUUGAGGAGAUUCGAAGGCUGCGGUUGGAAAGAGGACGUUUACUACAGAAGAUCAAAACUCUGGAGCAGCAACAGAGCAGUGCCACCGCUGCUCUGGAGGAGCUAAGCUCACUGCGAGAGCGUCUGAGUGAGGCAGAGGCAGAGCGUGAUCACCUGCAGGCGGCGCUGGAGGAGCUGAGAGGAUCUCGCAUGAGUGGCGUAGGCUGUGACUCGGAGGACACUGAUGAUGCAGAGGAAAUGCUGGAAUUCCCAGGAGCUGAGAGGUUGUUGUCCAAACGUUCUCGAGGCAUGGAGGCCGAGACGUUGUCUGCCCAGGCGGAUAUGGACUCUUCUGCCCCCUCAGACACCGUGGAGCAGCUCCGUACGCAGGUGGAGGAACUGACUGCACAGAACGCUGACCUGCUUCUCAAAGUGCAGAUGCUGGAGAUGUUUGAGAAGGAUGACACAGACAUACAGACCUCCGGCCCAGACUCUGUGCCGGUGGCUCAGUACGAUUCCCUGAGAAGGGAAUUUGAGGAGCUGCAGGAGAAAUACGCCAGAGCACAGGCUGCUACUGAGGGCUCCAGCAUUGCAAGCAUUGCAGAAGACGACGCUGGGUCUGAGGAGAAGCCUGGUGAAGGAGAGGAUAAAGCGGAGAAAGUGAAAAGCCUGGAGGAGCAGCUGGGCCAUGCCCAGACCGAACUGGAGGAGCUGAGGGAACAGGUGCGGCUAGGGGUUUACUCGGUGGAGGCAGCAGGGUUGGCAACAGGCGGCCAUUCAGAGGCCCGGGAGGCCGAGGCAGACUCGGAUACCCAGCAGCUGACGAAGAGGGUGCAGGAGCUGGAGGCGGAACUGGCCAGUCGAAAGGCGGAGCCAAAGGAGGGUGACAAUGACAUGACCCACCAGCUGAAGCAGAGGGUGGAGGAGCUGGAGGCUUCCCUUCAGGAGAAGGAGAAGACGAAAGGGAAAGAGCAGAGCGAGGUGGUGCAGAGGUUGAAGGCACGGGUGGCCGAGCUGGAGACGACUCUGGAGCAGAGUUUAGGGGUGGGGUCUGAGGAGGCUGAGGGAGUGCUGGUGAACGGGCUGCGGUCGCGGGUGGCUGAGCUGGAGGCCGAACUGAGAGAGAGCGUUCCACAGGAGCAGUUGGACGAGGUGCGGGUCACCCUCGGCCUACAGCUGGAGCAGCUGGCCCAGGAGAGGGCGGAGGCAUCCUCACGACUCAACCAUGCCCUGCUGGAGCUGGAGAGGCUUCGUCCACCACUGCAUAAUGAAGAAGAUGAGGAGGAUGAAGAAGACGAGGAGGAGGACCGGUCUGAAGGGUCCGAACAGUCUAUGGCAUCGGAACGCUCGUUAAGGAUGCUGCCGGGCAGACGGACUCUGGCUGCGGUGCAGGAGGAGCUGGAGGUGGCGAGGCAGGAGGCAGCACAGGCUCUGGACUGUCUUGUUGCUGAAAGGGAGGGUCGUGCUCAAGACGCCCUACAGCUGAGGGAUGCCAUACCGCUGGCCAAACACCAGGAGACGCUGUCCGCUGUAGCUCAGCAGCUGGGGCAGACUGAGAAGGAGCUGCAGGCGGAGCGGGCACUUCGUGAACAAGCCCAGGCUGAAGUGACCAGGCUGGAUAGUGAGCUGGCAGGACGGCAGGACGCGAUCAGCAAGGAGGAGCAUGAGAAAAUUAAGGCAGAGCUGCAGCGUAGCAUUGAGGAGAGCAGGGCUGCUGCAGUGGCGGCACAGGAUGCUCUGAGUGAGAAGGAGACGGAGCUGAAGGAGCUGCGCUCGCAGAAAGCUUUAGAGCAGGGCUUGGUGUCUAAAGAGGACCAUGAGUCUCAGCGGCUGUCCCUUCAGGCCGAGAUCAACACGCUUACUGCCAGCAUGGCAGACCUCACCCGCAAACACGAGAAGACCUGCACGGAGGUGUUCCAGGUGCAAAGGGAGGCUCUGUUUAAUAAAAGCGAGCGGCAGGUAGCCGAGGCUCAGCUGCUGACUGUCCAGCAGCAGUUAGCUGACCUGCAGGCCCAGUCCACCCACAUCCAGGAGCUGCACCAGGACAUCCAGCACUCACAGGGCCUCAUCAAGGAGAAGGACCGAAAGAUCACAGAGUUGUCUAAAGAGGUGUUUCGUCUGAAGGAAGCUCUUGGAGCUCUGACUCCUCCGCUCGGCCUCCCUCCUUCCAGCCUUUCUCCCCCUUCCAACCCUUCUUCUGGAAUACCAGGACAGCAGCUCGCGCUGCAGAACCGAAUAUCUGCACUGACACAGCAACUCCAGGACUGGGAGCGCAAACACAAAGCAGUGGUGGCCAUAUAUCGCUCUCACCUCCUGGCUGCAGUACAGGGCCGGAUGGAUGAGGAAGUGCAAACUCUUUUACUCCAGAUUCUUCGAAUGAGCCAGAAAGGCCAGAGCCAUUAGAGCAUCCUAAACCCCACUGCUCUUCUCCUGACAGCAAUAUAAUCCAGUUUAAGCAGGACUGAGACGAGGCAGAUGAACCUGGACCAGCUGGACUGACACUAUGCAAAGCCUUAAAGCAGUGAGAAUGUGAACGAGAGCUGCUACGCUGGAUGAUGAGAGUUCUAGUUUUGGAAUAAGGCAGAGAUGAAUAUAUUUGACAUGAUCUGCGACGCUUUGUUAAUUAAUUCCUUUCGCACUAGAGGGUGACGACCAGUAAUUUUAUACAGCAUUUCAAUAAACACUAAAACACAGCA